GGUUGCCAGAUGGAAAGCAUGGCCAGCCGUAGAAAAAUGCUUAUUGAAAUUCUCAAUUAUUGUGGCUUUGUAGAUUGUGACAGUGUUUCCUAGCCUCAGUGCAGUGGGCAACUGGGACGAGGUGCUCUUAUUUUCCAUGGACUUUACAGUGUCCCAGAACUUUUUGGAGUUUGUGCUGCAGGAUGCUAAUUUCUGUUUGAAAAAGCUAGCAUUUGCUUUCCUAACAGCCUGUGUAUAUUGGUUCCUAACUUCCCUGAAAAGUUACAUAUCGCAGGGGCUAUUUGAUGCCAAUGCCGUACUCCACAGGAUGUUUUUGUGCUGGUCAAGGGCAGUCAGGUCUGGAAUGAACCUGGAUGAUGAGUUGAGUGUGAGUAGUAGGCCUAGGCCAAUACAUACUGAUACAAAUAUGUGCUUCACUCAAGGUUGGCUUCUUCUUAGCAUUCAUUGCCAUGGUUAUCAACUGCACAGCAGAAUUGGAAUGUUAAAAAAAAGAUGGUGGCAGCUGCAUUGAAAUACUUGGGUGUGAGGUUUUACUACAGAAGAGUUACAACAUCGUUGGCCUGGUGUAGGAUCAGUUAGGGUCAAAUUAGUGGAAUGGGGUGUUGGUAUAUAGGUGUAGGGUUAGUUGGUGGUGCAAUGUUUUCCUUUAUUUUUGUUUAACAAAAUGUUACGUGAUCGACCACACACUAGGUGGCGGCAUGCACAAACAAAAUGUGUGAACGCCAUGACACCAAAGAAUAAGAAGUAAACGGACGUGAACAGCGAGUUUCCACGUUAGUGUUUUUAUAGUCAUUAUAUAGACGUUUAUUUAACACACUGGAAAUCAAAAUAUGACGAAUUUAACUGCACAGAAUCACAUACUUAAUUCGCGUUGGAGACAGGACUUGAUAUUAUAUAGAUAACGACAGCUAGCUGCUAACAAUGACUAACUGUAACGUUAUGGUUUUUCACACUCAAAUAGCCUCCAUCAUGGAGAUGCUAGCUAGUGCAGCCGUGGCAGAUGUAUGUAAACUUGUAGACGACGACUAUGCAGUGUUUCGUUUGGAAAUAACUCAAAGCCAAAAAGAAAACAGGGCAUUGCGGAGGAAACUACAGCUACUAGAAUUGAAGGUGGCACGGGAGCGCGCAGAGAGGACAAUGCAACAGCGCGUCGUCACCAGUCGUCCCAGAAUUGUCAAGAUUCCGGACCGAUACAAAGAAAUGGCAAGAGCACGGAGCAGAUCUCGAACCCUCGACCUUCGAGCCAGAGAUCCGGCGAUGCAGUCCCUGGUUCGAAUCCAGGCUGUAUCCCAUCUGGCCGUAAUUGGGAGUCCCAUAGAGCGGCGCACAAUUGGCCCAGCAUCGUCCGGGUUUGGCCGGGGUGAAGGACAUCUCACUGGAGGCCACAUGAGCUUUGUGAAGCCAGUGGGAGACAAUACAUGGACAGAUGACCAACCAAUCACUGUUGAUGAGGGGAGUGGAACCUCAACCCAGCAUGUUAUUGUGAUAGAGUCUGCAGAUGCCAAGGCUGCAGGUCCUGGGGUGAGAGGAGUGGACCCACAGCACAGCAGAGACAUCCAGACUGGUGCGGCUGUAGCAAUGGAGGACCCCGCCACCACCCCAGCGCAGCCCAGCUCCCGACACAGCAUCACAGAGGUCAGUGGAACGCGGAAUGCCAUCCUUAGGUCAGAGUCAGAGACUUUAACUGUGACACAAAGGCUUUUGCACAAAGGAUCUGACGACAGGUCAGACACAGAGAGACUGGAGAGACUGGGCUGUCCUCCUGCUCCCGGCUCAGAGUAUUUACUUUACGGUAACCGAAGCCUGGUUAAUUCCCAUCGGGACUCAGGUGAUGCGUUAGAAACUGGCAAUGAUCAAUCUUGUUCUUACACUAUAGAGAUGGACCCUGGCAACAUAUCCUUAGAUUUAGAGACACAUGCUGAUCCGUCUAGAGGGGACUGGAACCGGUACAGUAGUAGUGUAUACUCUGAAGGGUGCAUAGAUAAGAAAGGGGAAGGUCUGGUCGCAGAUGAAUUGACUGUGAAAGUGGAGGGCGACGUUCCUCCCGCAUGGAAUGCAGCUUGUGCAGGACUCUCACAGGGCAGAGAUUUCUUAGAUUACAGUUUAGAGACAAAUCCAAAUGUUGUGACCCACUCCCCUUUACACGUGCUCAGGGAUCGCGACCCAGUGUCCACGUCGAUUGCGCCUUGCGAUUUACAAGGUCGUGUCCUUUUCGAUCAGGUAUUGAACUCAAACGACAGGGCUAGAGCCCAGACUCAGGGAGGGGGAGCCACAUUAGGCAAUAGUAAAGAGAAACGGUUCCUCUGCAUGUUCUGUAGCAAAGGCUUCAGCUGCACCCAGAAGGUGGAGAUCCACCAGAGGAUCCACACAGGGGUGAAGCCCUUCAGCUGUACCCAGUGUCACAUGCGCUUUGCCCAGGCUGGCCACCUGAAGAGGCACCAGAGGGUCCACACAGGGGUGAAACCCUUCAGCUGUACCCAGUGUCAAAUGCGCUUCGCUCAGGCUGGUGACCUGAAGAGGCACCAGAGAGUCCACUCAGGGGAGAAACCCUUCAGCUGCCAGAUGUGUGAGAAGAGGUUCUCCCGCCAGCACCAGCUGAAGAUGCACCUGAAGGUUCACACAGGAGAGAGGGCAUUCUCCUGAAGGCAUAUAUAUAUUUGUGUUUAAUAUUUGAAUAUUAUAUUGCAUCCAAACAUUGUGUAAUAAGGCAUACAUAUAUAUGCGUGGAGUCAUGUAGUAACCCAAAAAGUGUUAAACAAAUCAAAAUAUAUUUUAUUUGAGAUUCUUCAAAGUAGCCACCCUUUGCCUUGAUGACAGCUUUGCACACUCUUGGCAUUCUCUCAACCAGCUUCACCUGGAAUGCUUUUCCAACUGUCUUGAAGGAUUUCCCACAUGUGCUGAGCACUUGUUGGCUGCUUUUCCUUCACUCUGCAAUCCAACUCAUCCCAAACAAUCUUAACUGGGUUGAGGUCGGGUGAUUGUGGAGACCAGGUUAUCUGAUGAAGCACUCCAUCACUCUCCUUCUUCGUCAAAUAGCCCUUACACAGCCUGGAGGUGUGUUGGGUCAUUCUCCUGUUGAAAAACAAAUUAUAGUUCACACCAGAUGGGAUGGCGUAUCGCUGCAGAAUGCUGUGGUAGCCAUGCUGGUUAAGUGUGCCUUGAAUUAAAAAUAAAUCAGAUAGUGUCACCAGCAAAGCACCAUCACACCACCACCUCCAUGCUUCACGGUGGGAACUACACAUGCGGAGAUCAUCCAUUCAUCGACUCUGCGUCUCACAAAGACACGGCAGUUAAAACCAAAAGUCUCAAUUUUACUUGGUCUUUUACCAAAUAGGGCUAUCUUCUGUAUACCACCCCUACCUGGUCACAACACAACUGAUUGGCUCAAAUGCAUUAAGAAGGAAAGAAAUUUCACAAAUUAACUUUUAACAAGCACACCUGUUAAUUGAAAUGCAUUCCAUGUGACAUCAUGAAGCUGGUUGAGAGAAUGCAAAGCUGUCGAAGGCAAAGGAUGGCUACUUUGAAGAAUCUCAAAUACAAAAUAUUUGGAUUUGUUUAACACUUUUUUUUGGUUACUACAUGAUUCCAUGUGUUACUUCAUAGUUCAUGUCUUCAUUAUUAUUCUACAAUGUAGAAAAUAGUAAAAAUAAAGAAACCCUGGAAUGAGUAGGUGUCCAAACUUUUGACUGGUACUGUAUGUAUGUAUGCAUUUACUUAUAUUUGUUGUGUUAUACAGGGCACAUUUGAAAAAGAGACCUAGGUCUCUGUCCUUCCUGUAAAAAUAAAGGUUAAAUUUAAGAAAAAUAAGACAACGUAUAGAAAAUUGGGUUCCGCUUUAAAUGACAAUCAGCUUGUAAAAGCUUCAUAAAUGUGCUACAAAUCUAUUACCAUAUGUCAUGCUUCAUAAAGGGUUCAUAAAUGUGGCAUAACUGUGACAACCACCAAUGUCAUGUGACAUAACGCCCUAACGUGCUUUAUUGAGGGUGUCAUAAUCACCGCUUAAUAAAGGCCUUAUAAAUCAUAUUAUAUUGAGGCUUCACAAAUCAUUUAACCCUGUCAUGCAUCUUGCUAAUUAAUUGGACAUUGCAAAGGUAAUACAUUGGGUUCGAUUUCCAGGACUACCCAUAUGUAAAAUGUAUUCAUGCACGACUAAGUCGCUUUGAAAAAAAGCAUCUGCUAAAUUUUACAUAAUAUAUUCCACUAAAACAUUUCUAGGAUGGCACAACCUCUUUCCCUCUUGGGUGCAUAGUCAAUAUUGGACCUGAC